UAUGGCUCGGGGACCUGCCCGUCCUCGUGGCUUUCGGGGCGCGCCUGCGCCCUCUCCUCCUCUCCCCCCUCCCCGCUCGGGCCAUGGUCGUCGCCUCGCGCCUGGCCUGGAUUCGGAGGCAGGUCCUGCAGGGCGCUGGCUUUCACUUCUCUGCGGACGGCGCGGCCAUGCGGGGGCGCUUCAAGGUGGAGAUGGCCAUCGACGCGGGCCUGCAGGUCUCGCCCCUCGCGCAGCUCGCAAACCUGGGUGUGGACGAUCAUCUUCUUCAAUUGGUUAAUUCUCAUCUGUCGGUGGAUCGUGGCCACCGCCGCUCGGACGGAAAGCGCGAAGUCUCUCCUUGGCUUUCUGCGCGGCCUGCGCCCUUCCGGCAUGGGCUUCGCGACGAGGGUGAUGAUGGCGAUGCUGGCGAUGACGGGGAUGGCCCUGGAGACGGCGGCGAAGGUCGACCUGGCGGCCGUCGUCGAUGCCGUUGCGGUGCACAUGCUCUGCCUCGCCCACGUGGCGCUGAUCCGUGGCGCGCUGGCGAUGGAGAUCCCUGGUCUUCUGCUGGACAACUGCCCAAAAUUCCUCGUCGAUCUGAUGAUCCUGAUGGUGGCCUUCCCGUGGUUCCUCCUUUCCCUUCAACUCGAACGCUCUGGAGUUUCAUCCCGCUGGCGUCCGCUCUGGCGAUGCUGAUGGUGGCGCUCGAGCUCUCCGGCGCCGAGUACCUCCCGACGCUCAAGUUGCAGACCGACUUCCUGAGCCAGCUCCUCGUCGUGGUUCAGAUGCACGUAGGUCGGCCUUAUGUGCCAGUUCGUGGCCCAGUCGAUGAUACUUGGAACCGGGGCGACAUGGUGGCUGGCAUGAUUGCUGUAAUGGGCAGUGACGGUCGCCCACCUAGCGGGGCAAUGCGCGCUGUCUUCCAUCUUCCAUUUCGUCCUGUGGAGGACCACCGCACUCAUGAUGCUGAUCGUCAUGGAGAUGGACGUGCUGGUCUCGUCAUGGUUGUCUGGGGCUUUUCCCUCCAGUCCUGCUCCGCGAGACGGCUGGCGAAGAGGCGGUUCACGCAGAAGCUGCUCAUGCAGAAGCUGUUCAUGCAGGGGCUGUUCGCGCUGAAGCAGCAGCUGUUCACGUAGAGGCUGUUCCUGCAGAAGCUGUUCACGCAGGAGCUGUUCGUGAUGCCGGCGCGCCGCCUGCGCAUCUUCUCGCGCCCCUCCAAGACAUGCUCGACAGGCGUCAGGAAAAGUUUGCGGGGUCUAUUGGUGUGUGCUGUGGUGAGCCGCGCGUGCCGCGCCCUCCUGAUGGCGGCGCGGCCCCUGUGCGUUCCUCGGAUGGUGAUGCGCCUCGCGGGCCUGCCCGCGACGGCCCUGAUGGCUCUGCUGGUGCGGGCGCCCCCCUUCCGACGGAUGCCGUGGCUCUCUCAGGUGGUGUUCCCGAUCGUCCGGCCUCUUCGCUCGCGCCGGGUGGGCAUAGACGAUUUUCGGCCUCUGAUAUGGCUCGGCUUCAACAAUUUCGGAGGGAAGUGUUUGGUAUCUCUGAUGAGGAGGCCGCCCUUUAUCGUUCGCUUCCCCGCUCUGAGAAUGGCUCUGGGCCUUCAUCGCGUGCUCGUCCUUGACCGCGCGAUGUGCUCUAUUGAGAUCUACGGCUUUGUGUCGGCGGAGCGGCUUCGGUGGUCUGGCCCUUUUUAGGGUCGGCACGGCCGGGUGGGUGCCUUGCGCUGGCGCCCCUGGUGAUGCUACAUACUUCAUAGUGCAGGA